AUGUUCUCCACCCGCUUCUACACUCUCGUCUUCCUCGCCAUCGGUAUUGCGGUCGAGGCCGUUCCCGCCCCGAUGAAGCGCAAUGAUGCGACCCCAGCCCUGGCGGCUCGGGCUCCCCAGUUUUCCGUCAACAUCCCGAACACCAUUCCCGUCAGCGGCGCAUUCCCGAACGGCAUCACCGUCACCCCCCAAACGCCUUCAGGCAGCAUUGUAACGGGCAACAACAACUCGACGCUGUUCGGUGCUUUCGGUUUCAAGCGCGAGGAAGGUGUCGAGGCGAGACAGUUCAACUUCACCCUACCCAACCAGUUGCCCGUCGCCGGUACCCUGCCUUUCGGUCUCACCGUCACGCAGGGUACACAGAACAGCACAGUCGGCCUCCCUUCAGGCUUCCCCUUCAAGCGUGGCGUUGAAGCGAGGCAAUUCAACUUCACCCUGCCGAACCAGCUGCCCGUCGCUGGCACCCUUCCCUUCGGUCUCACGGUCACGCAAGGCGCGGAGAACAGCACUGUCGGCUUGCCCGCAGGCUUCCCGUUCAAGCGCGAUGAGGAACUUGAAGCGCGGCAAUUCAACUUCACUCUGCCAAACCAACUCCCCGUCCAGGGGACCCUGCCGUUCGGGCUCACCGUGACACAAGGGGCGCAAAAUAGCACCGUUGGCCUUCCUUCAGGCUUCCCGUUCAAACGCGACGAGGAGCUCGAAGCACGCCAAUUUAACUUCACCCUGCCCAACCAACUUCCUGUUGCCGGCGAGCUCCCCUUUGGCCUCACCGUCACACAGGGCGCGCAGAACAGCACCGUCGGCCUUCCUUCGGGCUUCCCCUUCAAGCGCGAUGAGGGGCUUGAAGCACGCCAGUUCAACUUCACCCUUCCGAACCGACUUCCUGUUCAAGGCACGCUUCCGUUCGGCUUGACCGUGUCGCAGGGCGAGCAGAACAGCACUGUCGGCCUUCCUUCGGGUUUCCCGUUCUGA